AGAACAAAAUUUGGACAUUUUUUUAGGGAGUUGCAGGUACUUACCUUCUACAUUACUUUGCCGUAUAUGUUUUCUGCAACAAUGACACCAAUUGUUGGGGUGGAAACCUAAAAGUCAUGAGUUCCUUGCUCCCUUUCACUCUGCUGCUUCUGCAGAAAACAAAUUUUUUCUGUAAUAAACUAUGAUCUGCGCCUUACAAUCCCUGCGAACUUUCCUUUUUCGGUCCUGUUUACCCCCGUUGCACCACCUCUGUUUUACACUAACCCUUGAGGAUUCUGCUUCAAUUUUUAAAGACCAAGUUGAUUGUAUCACCAGUUGGAUUUCGACAUCCACCUGCUCUAUCCAUGCCAGGAUACCCAGUAAAGCCUCGCUCCCUCCUUUUUAACCCCUCUUAACAAGUUAAAUUCCUGACCUUCUGUUCUCAUACUGAGCCAUCACCUAGAUCCCAUCCCUUCUUGCUUUCAGUCCAUAUCCCAACAGCUCAUUCCUUUUAUUUCUUCCAUCUUUAAUUCUCCACUCUCCUUGCUCCCAGGCUCAGUCCACAAUUACAGGCCAAUCUCUCUUUUAUCAUUUGUGUCCAAAACCAUGUUAUUGACAUUCCUCACCCUGAAUGAUCUUCUUAGUUCAACUCUCAUUCUUCUUGAGUCUUUCUUCAACUCUCAUUCUUCUUGACCUCUGCAGCAUCUGACACCAUCAACCACUGGAUCCUACCUUUCUCUAUAGAGCAGCUUGGAAUCAAAGGAUUUGCCAUUGAAUGGUUUGAGUGCCUAUUAGGAGGUUGUCAUUCAGAACAACACAGUCAAGGUACAAGCAGGGUCCCAGGCUCCAACCUCAGUCCCCAUUUUGUUUGAGGAAACCUUCUACAAUGAGCAGGAGAAGAGCUACAGCAUCCUCUGCAUCAGCCAUCCCAUUGAAACUGGUCAAACCCACUUCGAACCGCCCCCCCUGCCGCACCACUGCCUCAAGAACAUGGAGGACGUCAAGGAGUUCCUGGGCCGCCAUGCAGAAAAGCUGGACAAAUUUGUCAUUGCCUUCCGUCACUCUUUCAAAGAACAGGAGAGGAAAGGGCUGCGGCAUCACAUAGACUCGGUAAAUGCGCUUUACACAAAGUGUCUUCAGUGCUUGCUAAGAGACUCGCGUUUGAAAGUGUUGGCCAAGCAGGAGUGGCAGAUGUCUCUCCUUAAGCAAGCUGUGGAGAUGUACAUUCAUCAUGGUAUCCAUGAUUUCAUCUUUAAAUAUGUUGGAAGUAUUGAAGCAAGCCAGGAUGGCGCUUUCAACAAAAUCACUAGAAGUCUGCAGCAUCUGCAGCAGAAAGACUUAAGUGUGAAAUCUGAAUUCUGCUUCAACAUCCCACGGGCAAAAAGAGAGCUCAGCCAGCUGAAUCGCUGCACCUCCCCCCAGCAUAAGUUGCUGUGUCUUCACAAGGUAGUCCUUACCAUCAUGCAGCCCCCUACCCAUGCAGUAAACAUAGAAGCCAUGUGUGCAGAUGAUCUACUGUCUGUCCUCUUGUAUCUGCUGGUUAAAACAGAAAUACCCAACUGGAUGGCUAAUCUCAGCUACAUCAAAAACUUCCGAUUCUGUCAUUCGGCCAAGGAUGACCUGAGCUAUUGUCUGACGUCAUUUGAGGCGGCAGUAGAAUACAUCAGCCAGGGAAACCUCGCCCAGGGUCCCGCGGUCCUUGAAGAGCUCAGUGACAAGGCAUUCCUCAGGCACCGGAUGAACUUGGUCUCGCAGAAUGCUGCUACCCCGAUAGACUGUCUGUUUGAGCACAUUGCGAACGGGAAUGAGGCGGAGGUGCGACGGCUACUGAGUGAGGGCGAAAGUGAGGAGGACAGGAGCAAGCUCUGCCAUCCACUGUGCUCCUGUGACAGCUGUGAGCGCCACCUGUCUGGGAAGCUGAACGACCCAUCCAUUGUUACUCCCUUUUCCCGAGAUGACAGGGGCUACACCCCGCUCCAUGUUGCUGCUGUUUAUGGCCAGUCGCAGCUGAUCGACCUUCUGGUUUCCAAGGGUGCGUUGGUAAACGCCACUGACUAUCAUGCCCUCACCCCCCUGCAUCUUUCCUGCCAGAAGGGUUACCAGAGCGUAACGCUGCUGCUCCUGCACUAUAAGGGCAGCACAAAUGCCCAAGACAACAACGGCAACACGCCGCUGCACCUGGCCUGCAUGUACGGACAUGAGGACUGUGUCAAGGCCCUGGUCUACUAUGACCUGCACUCCUGUUAUCUGGACAUCCAGAAUGACAAAGGGGACACUCCUCUGCACAUUGCGGCACGCUGGGGCUACGAGGGCAUCAUUGAGGUGCUGCUGGAAAACGGGGCCAACACUGCACUCCUCAACAAGGCAAAGAACACACCCUUUCAGUGCGCCCUGAACGCAAAGAUCCUUGCCCUACUGGAGCAGAACCACUCUGGGUCACACAGCACUCCCAUAGAGUCACCCAGGAAGUCCCCUCAGCAUCAGGGGGAACCCAGCAGCCGCCGCUCAUCCAUGUCCAGCACCUCCUCCCUCAGUACCGACGUUAUGCUGGAGGGAGAUCGUCUACGCCUCAAGGAGGUGGAGAAACUCCUGCGCGCUGUGGCAGAUGGGGAUGUGGAGAUGAUUCGAUACUUGCUUGAGUGGCUCGAUGAGGAUGUCGAAGACGAGGAGACGGGGACGCAGCUACAGCCCGAAUUCUGCCACCCGCUCUGCCAGUGCCCACGUUGCGAGCCCUUACAGAAGAAGUUUGCCAGACUGCAGACGAGUGGUUUGGGUGUGAACUGCAGUACAACGGAUGGCUUCACACCGCUGCACGUGGCUGCUCUGCAUGGCCACGCCGCCCUUGUGUCUUUGCUCAUCCGCCACGGCGCCAACAUCAACGCACGCAACGCCCAGAGUGCAACCCCUCUACAUCUGGCCUGCCAGAACAGCCACGUCCAGGUGGUGACCCUGCUGCUUGAGUGCAACGCCAAAGUGAACAAGAAAGACCAGUAUGGCAACACCCCCCUCAUCCACGCUUGCCUUCAAGGCCACCUGAACACGGCCGGAAUCCUGCUCAAGAGCGGCGCCUCGGUGAACAUGUCUAACCAGCAGGGCAACGCACCCCUGCACGAGGCAGUGAAGGGCAGUCAUCUGGCCCUGGCUGAGCUUCUGGUGAAGGCGGGUGCUUCCGUGCAGCUGAGAAACAAAAGGCAGAGGACACCCCUGGACUGUGCCUUGGAGAUGGGGGGCAAGAAUGUUGAGAUUGUGAGGAUCCUUCAGAAAGCAUCUGGACUGUCGUCAAAAGAGAACCCAAAUAAAUCUGUAUUCUCCAGAGAAGCACUGGAGAAAACACCUUCAGUUGAGCAGAGCCUGAAAGCCAUGGAUGACUCUUUGAGCCAGCGGCAGGAUGAGGAACAGUCUAAACCUCAAUGUGUGCAGAAAUGCAGGAGUGCCUUAAUAAGGGAAUCGUGGAACUCUACUGGCCUGGUCCAGACCGAAGACAGAGCUGAGAGGGGAAAGCUGAGACGAGGUGAGACGGUGGAGAGCAGCGCCCCCUCCCUCGAAGCCCAUGAUCACGAUGGGGGUCAUGUCAACAAGGACAGGCUCGGCUCCCGCAACAAGACCUUGACUCGCCGUCACACCGUUUUCAUGGAUCACUCACCAGGCCCGCAGGGUGCUGGGGUAUCAGACAAACUGAUGGAUAACACCCCCACCACCGUUGCAUCAGCCUCACUCCACCAGGUCAAUGGGGAGGAUGGAGAAACGGGACAGAACUAUAGACCUGGAUGCAACCCCUUUCAGACGCCACCCCAAGAAAUGGAUGUUAUAUUUUCAGAAACUCCGUAGGGCCUCCAGUAAAGCAAGUCGUUGCAGGACAGUUCUUGCACAUGGAGGGGUAGCAGGGCUGAACUAAAGAAACGACAUGGGUGGAGUAGAACAGGCCUUCUCUGGUGUUUCUGCUGUGGAAUCAGCUUUCAGGCUGCAGAACAGUUACCUCCAUAUUCUUCCUUUUUCUUUCAUGCCAAGCUUUUACAAAAAGGGAUGCAAAACACAGAGUAAUUGCAAAUUUUUUGCUUUCACUCACUGCAUUUUGAUGUGUGUGUGAUACGAGUUUGAUUAAUACACGUGAGCUGAGUUAAUGCUACCAUGCAUUAGUUGGAUCCAACCAUUCACGAAGACCUCGACGUACUUGAAGAUGAAUUAUGAAUGCGUAGUCUUAGUUUUACUUUGUCACAAUAGUAUUUAACUGGCAAAUUCUUUUUUUAAAUGUCUUUGUAGAAUUCUAAGUUCAGGGUUCUAGUUGGGAAGUCAGAGAUGACAGUUACUGAUAUAUGACCCCAAGGAAAGUUGCAGUUUGCCGCAUAACAGUUUCUAAACUUGCUGGACAUUAACAGAUUAAUUUCAAAGCUAUAUUUUGGCGAUAUCGAACCUUGGCAUGGUUUACUGGUUGUCUAGUUUUUCUAGCAAUAUAAUUUUCCUGCACUGCUGUACCUGAUGUCACAUUAGUGAAACAAGCUUAUUCUACUCAAACACAUCCAUCUGCACAACUCUUUAGAAUUUUCACAGUACCAGUAUAGUAUUACUAUCUUUCUACGGUUGCAUCACUGUACUGUCUGUAUUUAUAGGAUUUAGAAUUCAUAUGGAAGAAUUUCAUAUGAAAACACUGUAUUGUGGCAGCUCAACACAGUUGCAGAACAUCAGCCUCAGUUUCUUAGUGUCACUGAGUGGUGUUGAAUGUCUAAAUAAAAAUUAAAAAAAUAUUUCAGAAAUUACAUACAUUCUGCUCAGUACCUGUAUUGUAAUGUACUGGAUGAAAAACCUGUUGAAUAUGUGUACUGGGAAGUGUGUGUGUGUGUGGUUGUUUUAACCCUUCUGUGUUUUGACAGCUUUCCGUUUAUCAGUACUGAUCUUUAAAAGACAACAAAUAAAAAUGCACUUUCCGGGUCGUCAUUCUCUCAACUCUUUUCCUCCGUUCCUGUCUUGCCACUGGACAAAAUAAAUUAAAAAGACAAGAUUUUCUCUCUUUAUAACACAUGUGCUUGGAACUCGUUUUGCUACAGGUCCCUUCCUCUGGUAAACCAGCAAGCAUGAAGCAUCUCUUACUUAAUGGAAAAGGUACAUUUUUACCAUUCAAUACGGCAGUCCUCCAAAAAGUGUGACUCAGCAAUCGCAGAAAUGAUACAUCCGGUGUUUCAGUUUCUUAUAAAAGUGAUCAUUUUGAUUUCAUUUUAGUAUAAGUAAGAUCAUUUUGGUAUCU